GCAACGCUGAAAAGAUGGACAUUAAUUGAGUAUUAUUCUUAUAUUUACAAUAAAAAAAUUCAAAAGGUUAAGCAGUCGAAAUUGAAAUUUGGGCCUACAAUCUACUUUCUUGACUAUAUUGGAGGAAAUUUGAGAAUCGGAACUACUGAUUUUCAUCGUAUUGACUAGACUCCAGCCUGAGCAGUAAGUAGCAGCAAAUGACUGAGCAGUGGGCAGCGGCGGCAGUGGGCAGUGAGUGAUGAGCAGCAGCAGUGUCUGGUGACGAUGAGUGAUGAGCAGCGGCAGUCUGAUCUACUCUCCCCCUCCCCUGCGGCGAACCCUAAGCAAAGAGUGAUGAAGAUUGAAGACUAAAGAAGAUCAGACUCAUCAGAGAUUCAGAAUUUCAGAGGGAUGAAACCAAACAAUAAUCCUAAAAUUUUGGCUAAAUUCACACUUCAAUUCUUUCCAUCGCAGCUGAUUUCUUGAAGUUUUGAAUCGAUCGGCUCUGGUUCCAGGCAGGGUUAAAAGGUUGCAGUAGAGUGGUCAUGGAUCGGCUCAGUGCUUCUGCACGUUCUAUGAUAGUUUCUGAUCUUGAUCAUACAAUGGUUGGUUUCAUAAUUUCUUGCUUCACUCCGGAGGUGAUCAUCAUGAUGUUGAGAAUGUAUCCCUACUCUGCUGCUCCAUAUAUCAUGCCCAGAAAGAACCAACAUUUUAAUUCUUCUUUCUUCAGGAUCUAUCUACUGUCACUGUCGGCUGUCCAUCCAUCUGGUGUUGAGAAAACCCUACAUGAACGCAUACAUGAAUUGAAAGGGUGGUAUGGAGACAAGCAGGGAAAAAGGUUUCAGGUUUGGGUGGAUGGUGUAUUAUCUACACAGAUUAGUUCAAGCACAUGGCUGGUCAGUUUCGAUAAGUGGGAGCAGUGUGGUAAUGUGCGCUGCAGUUGUGCAACCGCUGGAAAGAUUAAUGCCAAGAUAAGAAAGCUAGAACAUUAUAAUGCGUAGACCAACUUUUCGAAAUGAUUUGCUUAGAUGAUUGAUUUGUGGAUUUCAAGAGGGCGAUGGUUUACAUGGGUUCCCCUAAAUGCAUGUACAACAGACAUCGCUUCAAGGAUCGAAAAUUAAUGACCAUUCAGCCUGGCUGUUCUAGACUGAUAUCAGAUACUAUCCCUGACCUUUUCAGCUCCGAAGUAUUCUUCUGUAUUCAAAUGAAGUAAAUGUACUAAUGAUGUUAACAUUUCAUUUCUUAUAUAUAAAACUAUAGUCACAGG